CUGGAGCCGGGCUGCUGGGCAGCGCCGCCGAGUCCCAGCCCGAACCGAGCUGGGCGGCUGCACCUCCCUAGCAGUCCCCACCCGGCGCCGGGCGCUGCCGCCGCCGCCACCCCGCCGCCCCCGCGGGCCGCGCCGUGACGCGGGCAUGAGCCUGGCCCGCCGCCCGCCGAGCCAGCGCCCCCAGCAGGGGCCGCGGCGCCCAGCAGGCUCCGGGCGAAGGAGCUGCUAGAACAAUGCUGAGGGGGCCAAGGUGAGGAGCGGCCCCGCGCGGCAGCCCCGACGGAGUAUCUCGCACAGGUGAUCGGAGGAGCCAGGAAACCGAGGCCACCUGGGCAUCCCUCCCCUCGCCUGGGCCGGGCCGGCCAGAGCCUCAGAGACGGUGGAGAAACCAUGGCGACCAAUUUCAAUGACAUCGUCAAGCAGGGCUACGUGAAGAUGAAGAGCAGGAAGCUCGGGAUCUACCGGAGGUGCUGGCUGGUGUUCCGGAAAUCCUCCAGCAAGGGGCCCCAGCGGCUGGAGAAGUAUCCAGAUGAGAAGUCAGUGUGCCUCCGAGGCUGCCCCAAGGUGACGGAGAUCAGCAAUGUCAAGUGUGUCACACGGCUCCCCAAGGAGACCAAGAGACAGGCAGUGGCCAUCAUAUUCACCGACGACUCAGCACGUACCUUCACCUGCGACUCAGAGCUGGAGGCAGAGGAGUGGUACAAGACUCUCUCUGUGGAGUGCCUGGGGUCGAGGCUCAACGACAUCAGUCUGGGAGAGCCGGACCUCCUGGCCCCAGGAGUGCAGUGCGAGCAGACAGAUCGCUUCAACGUCUUCCUGCUGCCCUGCCCCAACCUGGAUGUGUAUGGCGAGUGCAAGCUGCAGAUCACCCACGAGAACAUCUACCUCUGGGACAUACACAACCCCCGCGUGAAGCUCGUCUCGUGGCCCCUCUGCUCACUGCGCCGCUAUGGCCGGGAUGCCACACGCUUUACCUUCGAGGCUGGCCGGAUGUGUGAUGCUGGGGAAGGGCUCUACACCUUCCAGACACAGGAGGGGGAACAGAUUUACCAGCGGGUCCACAGUGCCACCCUGGCCAUCGCCGAGCAGCACAAGAGGGUCCUGCUGGAAAUGGAGAAGAACGUGAGGCUGCUGAACAAGGGCACGGAACAUUACUCAUACCCCUGCACGCCCACUACCAUGCUGCCCCGCAGUGCCUACUGGCACCACAUCACAGGUUCCCAGAACAUCGCUGAGGCCUCCAGCUAUGCCGGUGAGUCACUGCUGGGCCCCACCCCUACCGGCCAGGAGGCUCUGUGGAGGACAAGGCAUGUUGGGCAGGGGCCUUCUGUCCCGGCCCCAAGGCCUCAGCCUGCCUCUGUGUCCACAGGUGAGGGGUAUGGGACGGCCCAGGCCAGCUCAGAAACGGACCUCCUCAACAGAUUCAUCCUGCUAAAGCCAAAGCCCAGCCAGGGGGACAGCAGUGAGGCCAAGGCCCCUUCCCAAUGACGGCAGAGCUGGCACGCACAGAUGACCACUGGGGCUGCCUGCAGCGUAUCGUGGAUGGCAUGGAGGGGCUGUGGGCCAAGAGCCUGGGGAAAGGGAGCAAGCAGUCCCUUCUUUGCCCCCGAGGGUGAGACUGGACCAAGGCAAAGGGCUGGCCAUGCCACCUGAGCAUGUGUGAGGGGCUGGAGCUACCAUGGGACUAUAUACUGUUAAUGAUUUUAAUAUAUAUGGCUUAUGACGUA